GGGAUUAAAGUCUGGACCGAGGGUGGCGAGGCUUGACGGUGGUCCGCUGCUCCGCCGGAGCACUAAAACCCGCCUGCGCAUGUGCCAUCGGCGAACGCUUACUCUCCAUAGCACCAAACCCUCGCCUGUAUAAAUAAGUCAAGAUCCCAGUCGACCCGAUCUCAACGCCCCCAUCACUUCUCGAUCUCAAUCUCCCUCUCUCCCUCCCUCGCCUCCCCCUUUUCGAAAUUAGGGUUUAUUGAGGUUGCUGCUCUUGCGUUUAAUUGGUUCUUUUUCGGAACUCAAGCUGCAGAGAUCCAUGGAAGAACCUGCUUGUAACCCCAGCGGCCAUCGGCGAGUUCCUCACCAGCUUCAUCAAUUCUUCGCGGUGGCUUUUGGUUCAAAUGCUACUGAAGUGUAGGGUUUUUUUGACGGAUACAUCUUGGUCCUUGCUUCUCAGACCGAACGCGCUUGUUUUCUUCUUAUACCGUAACCACAAGCUUUGCAGCGGCAGUGGAUGGACAGAGAGUAGUAUAGAUUGGCAAAGUCCCGACUUUGGCGCCAAUAAUAUGAUCCGGUGAACAUGAGCGAUGGAGGUAGGGAGAGUGGAAGGAAUCAACAGACAACCUCGAAGAAGAGCCGGCUGUCGUCGCGAGGUGAUGAGUUCAGCCACGCCGUCACCAAGAUCGCCGUCGGCCAGAUUUGCGAGUCGGUUGGGUUUCACGGUUCCAAUCGUACUGCAAUUAAUGCUAUGGCGGAUAUCAUGGUCCGAUACAUCUGUGAUCUAGGCAAAAGUGCUAAUUUUUAUGCUAAUUUAGCUGGAAGAACUAGUUGCAAUGUGUUUGACAUCAUCCAGGGGCUUGAGGAUUUGAGUUCGUCAAGGGGCUUUUCUGGGGCAUCUGAUGUUCACCAUUGUCUGGUGGGUUCAGGUGUUGUUCGAGAGAUCACCCAGUUUGUUACAACAGAGGAAGUCCCAUUUGCACAGCCCAUUUCCGGAUACCCUGUUCGUAGAACACCUAAGCUGACACCUAGCUUUGCUCAGGUUGGAGAGACAUCAAGCGGAAAGCACAUACCUGAUUGGGUUCCGAGGCUUCCUGAUCCUCGUACCUAUGUCCGCAUGGAAGAGUGGAACAAAGGGGUAACUGACACUAAAAUGGACAAGGUCGAAGAGACAAGGCAGCGGACGAAGGCCGAGAGUUCUUUGUUGAGCUUACAGCAGCGACUUGCCUAUAAUAGUACAACUGGGUUUCAACCUACGAAUGAUGCCAGUUAUGGUAAAGAGAGGCAAAUGGUUGUUAGCAACCCAUUUCUGUCCCCCGCUUUGCCAUUUGGAGAGAAAGAAGUAUCUGUAAUUGCUAAUCCAUGGGAAAGAGAUGCUGAUGCUGGCAAGAGGUUGUGUGUGGUUGAGACUUCUGUCCCUGCCACUGAGUCCGUAGAGAUUGGACCUGUGGACUUCGAGAUUAAUCAGAAAAAGGUUCUUCCUGGAAGGAGGCCUAUCGUGCAUUUCAAACUUAAAGUUGACAAGAAAUCUAUAGCAGCAUCAUUUUCUUCUGAUGCCUUGGAUGCUAAAAAUGAUUCUUGGCCUUUGAGGCAUGACGAGAAAGAUGACAAGAAAAGGAGAGCAGAGAUAAUUCUUAAAGAAGCUAUGGAGAAACCACAUGAUCUGGCUCAGCUGUAAAAUACAUUGUAGAGAGGAUUUCUGUGUUGAACUGUAACAGUAAUUAUUUGGCAUAUCAAAUUUGAUGGAACAUGCAACUUUUUAUUCCCAGUGGGUUGAGCAUGGUGAAAAAUCGUAGAAAAUUCAUUUGGUGGUCACCAUUCAAUAAGUGAUGUUUAAAGAUAAAAGUAAAAGAACCUACCGGUAAGUACCAACCUAAAAAUGUUCAUAUUUUUGUCAUUAUUAUAAAAGAUAAUUAACAUUUGUUGAGCACAUUGGAAAUACAAGCAAAGUUAUUACGACUUUUAUUAUUAGAUAUUAUUAGAUAAUGUGAAUGGCAUACAGAGAGGUGAGUCUUAGUACUAACACAAGAUUACUCUUUUGUGGACUAGGGACCAGAGUUUGAGUUACAGAAAUUUCCUUAUCGUAUGCAAUGAUAAGGUUAUAAAGAUUGACCCUCCUUAGAUUCCGUGUUAGUGGCCUCUUCAUACAUUGGUCACCCUUUAUAAACAAUUCUUGAUAUCUCAAAAUCACGGUAUGGAAAGACAAUUUUCCUUGUCCAAACAAUAGUGUAACUGAUUUACUCCUUCCCACCAUAUUCAUCAAUAGGAAAAUUGGAUUGAAUUUCUUGAUUUUCAAUGCAUUCCAUGAAUUUCUUCCUUAAUAAAAAAGGUUAGAUAGUUGGUCUGUAUUUUCUUCUUUAGAAGUUUCAUAAUUGAAAAUUUUCAACUAAUUUUGGAAAACUUGCAAGCUAAAUCAAGUUUACCUAAUAUAUCCUUUUGCAAGUAUUUAUAAGUUUCUAUUUUUGAUAGUGGAAGUAGGAUUAGUAUUUCGGUCUCUAUACUUUAAAAAUUAGUAUUGAGAUCUCUACACUUUUGAAAGUGAAACAUUGUACCCUAAUUCUCCUCACGUCGUCAAUUUCGUUGUGAAUGGAAGGGGUAAAAAAAUAAUUUCAUAUGAACCUCCCUACUUUCCUCCCCUGUGGACGGCAGACCAGCAGCAGCACCGUUGGCUUGCGAGGCCGGUGCCCGGAUCUCCUUUGGAACGCCACCCUCGUGCGCUAGCCUCGUGUGCGUCCGGCUGCGCUGCAGACAAUAGACCAGCGGUGACAUCGGUGGCACGCGAGGCUGGUGCCCAGAUCUCCUUUGGAACGCCGGCCUGGUGCACCUUCGGCUGCAUUACGGAUGGUAGAUCAAUAGCGACGUCAGUAGCAUGCAAGGCCGGGGCCUGGAUCUCCUUUGGAACGCCACCCUUAUGCGUCGACCUCAUGCACCACCGACGCCUCCGCUGGUCUACCAUUCACAAGUUAGCCAGAGGCGCAAGAGGGUGGCGUUCCAGAGGAGAUCCGAGCGUUGGCCUCGUGCGCCACCGACGCCGCCACUGGUUUGCCCUCUACAGCACAGCCGAAUGCGCACGAGGGUGGCAUUUCAGAGGAGAUUCGGGCAUCGGCCUUGCAUGGCACCGGCACCAUCGGCCUCACACCCCACUGACGUCGUUGCCAUUCGUAGGGACGAAAGCUUACGUGAAAAUUUCUUUUUACCCUUUCCAUUCACGAAGAAAUUGACGAUGUGAGGAGAAUUGAGGUUAAAUAUUUCACUUUUGAAAAUGUAGAGAUUCCAAUAUUACUUUUUAAUGUAUAAGGAUCAGAAUGCUAAUCCUAGGUAACUACAUGGGGUAAUCUAUAAUUACUCCCAUAAAGCAGAAUGCUAAAUCUUGUCUUUUCUUAUUGUUUUUUUCAUGUGAAACCAUAUGAGCCCAUUCUGGACCUGGCUGGUGUUGGUGCCCCCAACCAAGACAUUCAAAUGAUUGUAUUUUUGUAAUGCCCUCGUAAAUAUUAUUAUAAAUUAUUGUGUUGUUACUGGUUCUGACAAAUAAUCUGUUUGUUGAUUUUCUAUAAUUUGUUGGUGCACUAGUUCAGACGUAGGUUUUUGCAUGCAACACUUGAGUAUCAUAUUUUACAUCCCUUAUGUUUCUGGUGGUAAAAAUGAUUCUUGAAUUGCAUGUUUUUGGUAGUAAAAGUAAUUCUCAAAUUGCCAAGAAAUAUGCAUAUUUUAGUUUCAUGUGCAUCGUGUUUGUUAGAUCUCAAUGGCGGUAAAAGAUCUAUGCAGUUGACUCUAAACAGUUAGGACUUACGAUUUUGUUGUUGUUCUGCAUCACGUGUAUUAUGAUUCUUUAGCAUUCUUGACAUAUUUACAAUCAAGGCCAUCGGACUUGUGUAGUCACAAGAGGAUGCUACAUUUUAAUUCUUUAGCAUUCUUGACAUAUUUACAAUCAAGGACAUCAGACUUAUGUAGUCAUGCGAGGAUACUAUAUUGGUGAAGAAUCCAUAUUUAUUGGCAAUGUGUAUGAUCCUUAUUUCAUAUCGGAUUAGAUACUGUUAAAUCUGCCAAGCACUUGUAUCCUAUUAGGUCAGAUCUUUUACUCAACUCUAAUUGAUCCAUGCUUGUUAGUUGGUGCUUUAGUUGUCAAAUGAAGUUAUCAUACUCAAGUAGCCAUUCAAGGGAUUGCAGGUGUUACUUAUUUACGUGUUGUCUAUCCUAUCUUAUUAGGUUGAAAUGCAUCUAAUGCCAUGGAGUUUUUGCUGCAUGUCUCAUACAUAAUGAUAAAAAUAAAAAAACCUUCGAGACUUAUUUCAGAAUAGGAUAACUGGUUGGUCUACUAGAAUUUGAGCUAAGAUUCUUUGUAGAGUCAAUUAUGAAUUCAAAAUUAUGUUCAGUGAGUGGCCAUACCAUAUUAAUUUAGGGAUAUUAGUGAACAGCAUGUAGCAGCUAUAUGUUCAUGACACGCGGACUCUUUACACGUUAUCACAGAUAAUUAUUGCUGACUCAAAAGUCUUCAAGGUAGUUACAGGUAAAUUGCCGUGCAAGUUGUUCAACUAUUAGACCACAUCCUUGUAGAUACAAUUGAAUCAAGACUUAGCUAUUGGUUAACUGUCAGAUCUGAAGUAACAUACUCAAUUUUAGCAAAUGCCUGUUAUAGGCCAUUAUAUAAAGAGACUUCCUCAAGAACAGGUGAAAUCUUUCCAAUCCCUUCAACUCUGUUUUCAUUUACGUUUCCAUAUGCUUAUUCUCUCAUCUUGGAGCUCACUAUUGAGUUUUCUUUCUUGAGAGAUUAUAAUUUGAGUGUUAGAUGAGGGUCCCACUGGGCAGCCCUCAGUUCCUUCUCUUCUUGCAGGAUCCUUUUUGAGCAUGAACUUGGAGCAACAGAAGGAUACGAGAUUACCUUGGCAAUAUUAGUGUUGGUUUGAGUCACCUUGCCAGUACACUUGCAUAUUAUUUACCUCAGCAAGGUUACCUAGGUUGGCUCUUAUCGUACUUGGCACGAUGACUAAAUCUGAUCCCAUAAAGGCUGCACUCUAUAUAUAUAUAUAUAUAUAUAUAUAUAUAUAUAUAUAUAUAUAUAUAAUUAUCUUGUUUCUCCAAUGAUAACUUAUGUAUUUAUUCAUGCUUUCUUGACAUUCGUUGUUUUUAGACCUUUUUUGUUCCUUCCCGACAUGAACAAUAACGAAGAAAAGUCUUUGUGUUCACUUAUGCAUUAUCUAAAAUAACCUUGAGUUGCCUUUUAAACUUUUUUCUUCUCAGCUUUUCUUUUUGUAUUUUUUUCACUGUUUUUAAUUUUCCUGUAAUAAUGGGAUCCUAUAAUUGUGUAUACUGUAUUUUACAUUUUUACUUUACUUUUACUGGACAACCCACAUUAUGGAAGGUUGUUUUGCUUAAAUAUCAUUCUUUGUGAUAAUUUGAAUAUCGAACCUUAUUAGAGACGCUUUCUUCUGUCAUUGAGACUUUGGAUUUUGAUUUGUAUGGUCUUCGGAAUCCUCUUGCUAUCAGCUUUUUGCAUGGUUCGCUCAGCAUAUUUGCCUUGCACGUUGUUGCUACAGUCUAUUCUCUGAUAUGUAAAAUCUCUGAUUGUAGAAAGCCUUAUAUAUCCUUAAAAAAUGGAGUGGCUAUGGUUUGAUAUUGGGUUGUGUAAUUUGGUUUAGAAUCGAACUCCGAUCAGUGUAAUUAUAGUUUAUCUUUCACAAUUAGAAUAUCUAACCACAACACAAUGUUUAUGGAUUUUUUUAUUUUUUUUCUAUUUGGGAAAUUAAUGAAUCGUAGAAGAAUUGAUGUAGAUGUACUUUUCUUAUGCUACUUCUAAAUUUUGUGGGCUCUUCUAAGAUAGCUAAGCACCUAGUGAUAACAAUGUUUUCUUAUUUCUUAGUGUAAAAAGAUUCGAGUUAUGAGCACUCUCGUCUAUCAUUUGAUAUGCUUUGAAGUAAAGAAUGUCACUGUGCCUUUUGUUAGAUGAAUUGACAAGGUCAUUUUUUACCUCCAGCACUUCAGAACAUCCAUUGACAAGGUCCACCAAUCAUGGUUACGGUGUGCUUUCAAUAUGAUGACUGAAGUUAACUAGUCAAUUUUUAUGUCCUCAAGCUGGGGAUGGAUGGAAUUUAUGCAUGAGUACCAUCACAACUGAUUAUUAUCUGUAGCUAUGUGAAUUGAGAACAUUUAUAUUAUAUUUAAUAAGACAAUACAUGGUCUGUUGCAGCUUGAUUGUCUGACAGUUUCUAAAAAUUCUUUGCAAAAGCAAAGAACCUCAUGGUGGUAAUAUUUCGAUAUUGCAAUUUCACAAGCGAACAUCUGUAUCUUUGAGUGUUUUCCUACGGCUUGAUGAUUUUCUUAAAAUUCGCAUUGCUACAGUCUAUUUCACUUUUGCUUUAUCUAAAAGAACCUUGAGUUGCCUUUUAAACUUUUUUCUUCUUUGCUUUUCUUUUAGUAUUUUUUCACUGUCUUCAAUUUUCCUGUAAUAAUGGGAUCCUAUAAUUGUGUAUACUGUAUUUUACAUUGGUUGUGCUCCAUACAUAUGACUUUCUCUUCUAAGGCAGCACAAGUUAUGAGCAAAAGUUUGUUUGUGUUUGUAUUUGCAGGGAAUUGGAAGGUACCCCAAACAGAGCAGAUUGUGGAUGGCUUAGACCUGAAAGAUCUGGACAAGCUGAGAGCCACCUUGAGACAUGCUUCCCUGUCAAGAUGUCGAUCAUGAACCAUGCAUGCAGAGUUUCGGUGGUCUGUUGCUUUCAGUCCUCGGGAAUAAAUAGAGUCGCAUGUUUCCAUAGCGUAGGUGAAGGCAAUGGGAGCUACUGAGAUGGUGAGAGUCCACUGCUUCUUGUGCAUGACCCUCCUCAUUCUACUCUCUGCUGCUGCUGCAGGUACUAUGGAUGUGGGUUAUGUCCAGCCAUCUAACUCCACCAUGUUCCACGGCAUCGCUGGCGGCAUCGAGUGGUUGGAAACAGAGAUGGUGACGAGCUCAUGUGGUUCAAAUCAGCACAUAGGCUACUGUGCCGUGGCGAAAUCCGGCCAACCGGCGGCCCGCCCUGCCGCCAGUGGGAGGCCUUACACCAAUGGGUGUCUGAGUUAUAACAAUUGCAGGAAUCAAUAGCCACCCUUUAAAGUCUCUUCGUUUCCAUAGGAGUCUCAUGAUCGAUGUGUCGUCGCAGAACCUACUUUGCUUGUAUGACUUGAUGAUUGCUUAUCUUUUUCCUGUGUUUGUUGUUUCACUUCUCUGCGUGGAAAACAUAAACGUUUCGAUUUAUGAAACUUAAUCGUUCUUUUU